AAUCAUCCUCCAGGGAUCCGACUCUGGAGUUCUGGCUGACCCGGUUUCUACUAUUAACAGGUCCCACCCACAGUCCCGGCAGCCCUAUGGUGUGCCAGUGCCCGUUCGGGCGGAGACGGAGGCGGCGCCGGAGGCCACCCGGCUCGGCGAGUGCUAUUUCGGUCAAGGCCAUGGCUCCGCGGCUGCAGCUGGAGAAGGCGGCCUGGCGCUGGGCGGAGACGGUGCGGCCCGAGGAGGUGUCGCAGGAGCACAUCGAGACCGCCUACCGCAUCUGGCUGGAGCCCUGUAUCCGAGGCGUAUGCAGAAGAAACUGCAGAGGAAAUCCGAAUUGUUUAGUUGGGAUUGGCGAGCACAUUUGGUUAGGAGAAAUAGAUGAGAAUAGUUUUCAUAACAUUGAUGACCCCAACUGUGAGAGGAGGAAAAAGAAUUCGUUUGUGGGCCUGACUAACCUGGGAGCCACCUGUUACGUCAACACCUUCCUCCAGGUGUGGUUCCUCAACUUGGAGCUUCGGCAGGCGCUGUACUUAUGCCCAAGCACCUGUAGUGAUUACACGAAGGGAGAUGGUAUCCGUGGAGGAAAAGAUUAUGAGCCUCAGACAAUUUGUGAGCAUCUUCAGUACUUGUUUGCUUUGUUGCAAAACAGUAACAGACGAUACAUCGAUCCUUCGGGAUUUGUGAAAGCCUUGGGCUUGGACACUGGGCAGCAGCAGGAUGCACAAGAGUUUUCCAAGCUUUUUAUGUCACUGUUGGAAGACACUUUGUCUAAACAGAAGAACCCGGAUGUUCGGAACGUCGUGCAGCAGCAGUUCUGCGGGGAGUAUGCCUAUGUGACAGUGUGUAGUCAGUGUGGCCGAGAGUCUAAGCUCGUAUCGAAGUUCUAUGAACUGGAGUUAAACAUCCAAGGCCACAAGCAGUUAACAGACUGCAUCUCCGAGUUCCUGAAGGAAGAAAGGUUAGAAGGAGACAAUCGAUACUUCUGUGAAAACUGUCAAAGCAAACAGAAUGCCACUCGGAAAAUCCGACUUCUGAGCCUCCCUUGUACUCUGAACUUGCAGCUGAUGCGUUUUGUGUUUGACCGGCAAACUGGACACAAGAAGAAGCUUAAUGCUUAUAUUGGCUUCUCGGAGAGCCUAGAUAUGGAGCCAUAUGUGGAGCACAAAGGCGGGUCCUUUGUGUACGAGCUCAGCGCGGUCCUCAUCCACAGAGGAGUCAGUGCCUAUUCCGGCCACUACAUCGCCCACGUGAAAGACCCCCAGUCUGGAGAAUGGUACAAGUUCAAUGAUGAGGACAUAGAGAAGAUGGAGGGGAAGAAACUACAGCUAGGGAUUGAGGAAGAUCUAGCAGAACCUUCUAAGUCCCAGACCCGAAAACCCAAGUGUGGCAAAGGAACGCACUGUUCUCGAAAUGCAUACAUGUUGGUUUAUAGACUGCAAACCCAGGAGAAGAACCACACGAUGGUUCAAGUCCCAGCCUUUCUCCAAGAGCUGGUGGAUCGGGAUAAUUCCAAAUUUGAAGAGUGGUGUGUAGAAAUGGCCGAGAUGCGCAGGCAGAGUGUGGACAAGGGCAGAGCGAAGCACGAGGAGGUGAAGGAGCUGUACCAAAGGUUGCCUGCUGGAGCUGAGCCCUAUGAGUUUGUCUCUCUUGAGUGGCUGCAGAAGUGGCUGGAUGAAUCAACCCCUACCAAACCUAUUGAUAAUAAUGCCUGCCUGUGUUCCCACGACAAGCUCCAUCCAGACAAAAUAUCAAUUAUGAAGAGAAUAUCGGAAUACGCAGCUGACAUUUUCUAUAGUCGAUAUGGAGGAGGUCCCAGACUCACUGUGAAAGCCCUCUGUAAGGACUGUGUUGUGGAGCGUUGUCGCAUACUGCGCCUGAAGAAUCAACUAAAUGAAGAUUACAAAACUGUCAACAAUUUGCUGAAAGCAACAAUGAAGGGCAGUGAUGGAUUUUGGGUAGGAAAGUCUUCCUUGCGCAGCUGGCGCCAGCUGGCUCUCGAGCAACUAGAUGAGCAAGACGGUGAGGCGGAGCAAAGCAACGGGAAGAUAAACGGGAGUCCCUUCAGUAAAGAUGAAUCAAAGGAAGAAAAGAAAGAAGAGGAGGAGGAACUAAAUUUUAAUGAAGACAUUCUGUGUCCUCAUGGAGAGUUAAGCAUAUCUGAAAAUGAAAGAAGGCUCGUUUCUCAGGAGGCUUGGAGCAAACUGCAGCAGUAUUUCCCAAAGGCUCCUGAGUUCCCAAGUUACAAAGAGUGCUGCUCGCAAUGCAAGAUACUAGAACGAGAAGGUGAAGAAAAUGAAGCCUUGCAUAAAAUGAUUGCAAAUGAGCAAAAGACCUCACUUCCAAACUUGUUCCAGGACAAAAACAGACCGUGCCUCAGUAACUGGCCAGAGGACACGGACGCUCUCUAUAUUGUGUCGCACUUCUUUUUAGAUGAAUGGCGGAAAUUUGUUAGGAAGCCUGCGCGGUCCACUCCCGUGUCCUCAGUUGGGAACGCUGCCCUUCUCUGUCCACAUGGAGGACUCAUGUUUACAUUUCCUUCCCUCACCAAAGAAGACUCGAAACUUAUAGCUCUCAUAUGGCCCAGCGAAUGGCAAAUGAUUCAAAAGCUCUUUGUUGUGGAUAAAGUAAUUAAAAUCACAAGAAUUGAAGUGGGAGACGUAAACCCUUCUCAAAUACAGUAUAUUUCUGAGCCUAAUCUCUGUCCAGAUUGCAGAGAAGGUCUGCUGUGCCAGCAGCAGAGGGACCUUCGAGAGUAUACCCAAGCCACCAUCUAUGUCCACAAAGUUGUGGACAACAAAAAGGUGAUGAAGGACUCGGCUCCAGAGUUGAAUGUGAGUAGUUCUGAGACGGAGGAGGACAAGGAGGAAGCUAAGCCAGACGGAGAGAAAGACCCUGACUUUAAUCAAAGCAAUGGAGGUACCAAGCGACAGAAAACAUCCCAACAGGGCUAUGUGGCCUACCAGAAGCAAGUCAUCCGGAGGAGCACGCGGCACCGGAAAGUUCGGGGAGAGAAAGCGCUGCUAGUGUCUGCCAACCAGACUUUAAAAGAACUGAAGAUUCAGAUCAUGCAUGCAUUCUCAGUCGCUCCGUUUGACCAGAAUUUGUCAAUUGAUGGAAAGAUUUUAAAUGAUGACUGUGCUACCCUUGGUACCCUCGGUGUCAUUCCUGAGUCUGUCAUUUUAUUAAAGGCAGAUGAGCCAAUCGCAGACUACGCUGCAAUGGAUGAUGUCAUGCAAGUUUGUAUGCCGGAAGAGGGCUUUAAAGGUACAGGCCUGCUUGGACAUUAAUCUUUGACCACUUGUUGACUGCCAAGGAAUGACCAGAAAGGAAGAUGAACUUGACCUGUUAGGGCAUUAAAGAAAAUGUGGAUUUAAGAAUUAAACUCUUACCUGGCUCUUCCAAAAGGCAAAAAUCCAUUCAAAGAGACUGUCCCAAUUGCCUUAUGUCAAAUAAAGCAGAUUGCACUGGUGGACAUCAGACUUGAAGGAAAUGUUUCAGGUUUUCUAUUUAGGGUGGGAGGGAGAGGGCGAGAGAGGACUGAGCAGGCAGAGUAGCAGGCAGAGUAAAUCAUGUUUACACAGGAGGGAGUAAAGUCCUGGUCAGUUUCACACAGAUGUCCUGGUCAGUAGUGGAUUUGUCACAGUACAUGGGCUAGCAUCCUGCUCCAAACUCUCAAGUGACUUGUCUAGAGACGCGACCUGCUAACCCACCCUGUCUUUGACCUGUACUCACCUUUCAAUAAAGCAUGAAAGUGAAGGACUUGCCAACAAGGAACGGGUCUUCAGAGCGCCACUCCCGCAGGACAGCCACAGCCCUGCGGCCUGCUCCGUGUCUGUCAGUGCUGGGUUGAAGGCACCCGUGUGCUUUCCUUGUCAAGCCAGGGACCGUCUCAGUUUAUCUCCAUCAUUCCAGAGGUGAUGGGAAAUGUUCAGCAAAGAAAGUAUCCCUGAACAUUUGAAAAGCCGGACAGAAGAGUGACCGCUUCCCUGAAGCUCCGUAGGACAGCACGGGUUUUUAUAGACAACCCUCCCAUUCUCCAGUUCCUCUUUCCUCGGACCUCACUUCUUUCUGAAAACCAUUCUUCUGAUACAUCCUACAGGGGCAUUUGGAAAGGAGGAACAAAAGACUAUACAGGGCGUGCUGUCUCUCCAGCUCAGGAUCACAUUGAUUAGUCUAAGCAGCAUCAGGAUCUGCAGGAACAGAAAGGUUUUAGCAGAGCAUGCGGCUGGGCUGGGCAGAUUUGCAUUGUCUGUCGAGUGGAUGUUGGUAUGUUUGUGGCCCAGUUGCUCACACAGAUUUUUUGUUGUUGUUGUUACUUUUUUCCUUUUAAAUCUCUAGUUUAAAAACCUUAACUGAUGUGUACAAGCUGAUCUGAACAUUAGCAGCAUCUUUUGAUAGCUUUCUGCCAGUGCUUAUGGCUGCUGGGUAAAACUCUGAAUGUGGUAUUUAGGUUUGCAAUGAAGAGUGUUCUCUAGGUGGUGAGAAGCGCAGGGCAGAGCCGGGAGAGCUGCACACCGUCCUGGAGGACUACCCACGGAGCUCCUGCCUUUGGGGACACAGGGACUCAGGUGACCCUAGUUAUCAGGUCUGUUCUUUACUGAGCACCACAGAAAUGGGACCAAGCCUCACUCACCAAGAGCCCACUCUUUCCCAAGGCCAAGACAAUUGAAAGGUCGCCAAAUAUUUGACAAGUGACCUUUAUUGUCCUUACAAAGAAACCCGGAGCUUGAGGCUGUGCGACAAAGCGUUGGUAGGACCUCGGCACCCCUAAAAGGUGGUGGGGAUAAGUGGCAAAAAGCUGUGUGCGCCCCCUCCCCCGUCCCCCUUCUUGGGAUUGUAAGUGCACAAGCCAGAAGUUAGCACUGUGAGAUUGUUUGCAUAGGCAUCUUUUGUUUCCUUUGCAUAAUAUUAGCAAAGUAAUAGCCAUUGACUCUUGUCAGGCAAAUGCAGGUGGGGCAGACCCAGUGUCAUCGACCCAGUGUCUGCUGCUUCCGCCUCGACAGCCGUCACCCAUCACCCACUGCAGAGCCUUAUUGGAACUUCAGCUCAGACCCCGCACCCACCGAACAUGGCCACUCCUGAAAAGCUUGGGACCCCUGGGCUGCGGCCUCCUCACAGCUUGAAGCACAGAUUUCAGAGCAUCCACGUGGACUUAACAGCUGCCAUGGCCCUGCUUCCUAAUCCAUGCUGUUUGGUUGACUUCUGAACUGUGGUGGCUCUACAGCACAGGCUAGCUCUUCCUCUGGGUUCUAAAGCCACAUCCAGAAACCGCAUUAAACCAGAUUAUGAAUCUCCAGGCUUCUUUAUGUUUCUUUUGUCUUUCCCAGACAGGGUCUCCUGUAACCCAGGCUGGCCUCAGGCUCAACUAUGUAACCAGGAUAACCUUCCCAUCUUCCUCCUCCCAGGUGCUGGGAUUGCAGGCUCGUGGCCACUGUGACAGGUUUCCUGUGCUGUGUGGAGUCCCGAGCCCAUGGUUUCGUGCACACUAGACAAGCGUUCUGCACACUGACCCAUGUCCCCAGCUCUACCCAUGUAUAUUUCUAAUCAUUCUUUAAUCCCAAGCAAACGUGGAGUCUCCUAUGCUGAGUCCAUUACCAGACUGUAGGUUAUCAUUUGAUGUCUUUAUUCCCUGAGAGAAACCUCUUCUGUAUUUAUGAACUUGAUUAUUGAGAAUCACUGUUAACCUUUCUGCCAAAUUAAAGACACCCGUGUCUGUUUCCACGGA